UAAAAAGCCCUACUAUAAAUAUAACAUGCCAAUAUAUAGCCACGAAAAAAUUACUUUACGUUCAUUUGAAGCAAUUUCAACUAUCUACAUACUCAAAAUGAAAUUUCUCUUAUAUUUGGGAUUAUGUAUUCUAUUAACCGGCUGGGCUGCUGCAAUAACAUGCGGUAAUAACGAAGUAGAAGAAGAUUGCCCGCAAACUUGUACAUACGAUUAUUGCCCCAAAAGUGCGGAUGAACAAAACGUAUGUAGAAACAAUACUAGCAGUGAUGGUGGAUGCGUGGCAGGCUGCAAGUGCCGUUUCAACUUCCGCCGAGCUGACAAUGGACAAUGUAUAUCAACUAGAGAUUGCCCGCCGUUUGCCUGCACUGGUGAAAAUGAACACUACGACCCAUGCCCACCAUUCUGUACCGACAAUUGCGGUGUCCGAAAUCCAGACGGAACAUGCAAGACCAUCGGCAGAAUUGGAAUUGUCCUCGAAUGUUUCCCAAAGUGUCGAUGCGUAAGUGGAUACAGCAGAUUGAACGGUGUUUGCGUUCCUAAUGCAGACUGCAACAGUGACUAAAUGUAUAUUCAAUAUUUUUGAAAACGUAUUUGCUGUAAUCAAUAAAAGUAAAUCAUUAAAACCUAUCGUGUCUGAUCAUGUUAUUAUUUUGAAAUAAACUGCUUUUUAUAUUAUGUAUUAAAAAUUAUGGAUGAUUAAAAAAUUAUUAACUAAUUUUGUUAAAAUUAUAUAAAUUUCUAAUAAAGUGUUAUCAAAUAAGUGUAUAUAUUAUUGUCCAAAAUGAUUAAAGCCUUAUCAAUCAA